UCUUUCCAAGCCUGUCUCCUCCAUGCCAGGAUGUGAAUUUGCAAAGGAUUUAACGCCGUGCCAUGGUUUUGACCCGCGCGCUCCACACAGAAAUGGGCCGCUCUGGAUCUAUGGGUACAUGAAUCUGAGUUCCACCGGCCAGAUGCCUGAGAUGGAGGAAGUAGAUACCUAUGAGAGCAACGGGUUGGCAAAGAGGGUUGCUCUCAUCAGCUUCCUGUCACUGGUCAUGCUCAUGAGCAUCCUGGGCAACCUGCUGGUUAUGGUGGCUGUCUGCAAGGACCGUCAGCUCAGGAAAAUCAAAACCAACUACUUCAUCGCCUCACUGGCAUUUGCUGAUCUGCUGGUAUCAGUACUGGUGAUGCCGUUUGGUGCCAUAGAACUAAUCCAUCAGAACUGGAUAUUUGGUGAGACCUUCUGCCUGGUUCGCACCUCUCUGGACGUGCUGCUUACCACCGCCUCCAUCCUGCACCUGUGCUGCAUAUCCCUAGACAGGUACUAUGCCAUUUGUUGCCAGCCACUGGUCUACAGGAAUAAGAUGACACCGCUAAGAGUGGCUGUAAUGAUCGGAGGAUGUUGGAUAAUUCCAACCGUUAUUUCCUUCUUACCCAUAAUGCAAGGCUGGAACAGUAUUGGAAUAAAUGAUUUGAUAGAGAAUCGGAAGGUCUCCGGCAACUCAACUGUGUGUGUCUUCAUGGUGAACAAGCCAUACGCGCUGACUUGCUCAGUUGUGGCCUUCUACUUACCUCUCAUCCUGAUGGUGCUGGCCUACCAGCGCAUCUACGUUACGGCACGAGAACACGCCCGGCAGAUCAACAUGCUGCAGCGGGCUGGAGGAGCGGGGAAUGCAGCCUCGGACAGCGCAGACCACCAACGCAACCACCGUAUGCGCAUUGAAACCAAGGCAGCCAAGACUCUGUGCAUCAUUAUGGGCUGCUUUUGCCUCUGCUGGGCACCUUUCUUUAUCACAAAUGUGGUGGAUCCUUUCAUAGACUACAGUGUUCCUGAGCAGCUGUGGGCAGCGUGCCUUUGGCUGGGAUACAUUAACUCCAUGCUCAACCCCAUCCUCUACGCCUUCCUCAACAAGUCCUUCCGUCGUGCCUUCCUCAUCAUUCUCUGUUGUGGACAUAAACGUUACCGUCGACCUUCCAUCCUAGGGCCUGGAACGCCCUGCGUGGCUACACAGAUUAAUGGCUCUACACACGUCCUGAAGUAUUCAGUUCUUCACAAUGGAAACCACACUGAACAUGAGAAACUGUCAGUACAGAAUGACACAGAGUCCCAGGAAUCAUGUUUCUGACACAGGUCACCCUCUAAUGAGGACCAUCACUGGAAGGUGCCAUUCCAUACCACCCUGCCUGCAGCUCAGACCCAGCCAGAGCAUUUCAGGACUCACAUACAGGGAGUCAGACUGAAGUAUUUGCUUUAAGAGCUGGUGAACUUUGAAGGAAAGAACAAUGUUGCCAAAUGUAUUUGGUCUAUGUUUUAGAACAUACAUUUUUCCAUUGUUAAUGGAAAUAGCAUUUCCAUUGGUUUGGAAAUGCUAUUUCCAAACCAAAUAACAUCUUACAAGCUUUAUCUGGAGAGGCUUUGAUUAGAUCGAGAGUCAGGAUUGCACUUUCUAAAAAGUACUGCACAAAAACUGGGUAGCUAAGAUGACACUUUGUUCAAAAGAUCCAGAUUUGUUAUAUUCUAAAAGGAAAAGUUAGUUAAGACUCAAAACAUUCACGACACACACAGUAUUAAGAUGUACAGCUGGUAGCACGAUUCAGGGAUUGAUUUUUCUUUCCAUGUUUUCAGCAAUGAAAUCUCAGACCAACAGCUGAUGCUUUAUAACAACUUGGAAUUUCAGCUGAAUUUAAAGUCUUAAAUAAGAGAAAAGAACAGAUUUAAGUCAGAGAUCAAAGCAUGAAAGAAUACAUUUUCUAUCUGUUGAAGGUGAAAGAUGAUUUGAGAUUAAGCGUGCACAUUUGAAUGAAGAGGAAAGCUGCAGAAAUGGUGCCUUUUGGUAAAUUAAAUCUAUUGCAAAGGUGCACCACCAAAUGAUUUUAUAAAAACAUCAUGUGAAAUAUAUUUAGUUCUUCUUUUUUUAGUUCUAGACUCAAAUGCAGAAUCCUUAUACCAAGGAUUUUUGCAGGGUAAUAACUUGUUCUUCUGGACAUGAAAAUGGCCUUCCGGGAGAAACGUAUUAUCUCCAUUUUUGUCAUUUCCUUGAUAUUAAUUGAAAGCUCCUUUAUGUACUGUAAGACUUCUAAGGCUCUUUGAUCAAUGAGGUAUACUGGUCACAGACAACAAACUAGUGCUCCUAGCUAGUUCAGGCAUAUGUGCUUGUCUUGAACCCACGGGUGACCAUUCCCAUUCAGGUCAGUAUUGUGCUUCCCAUCACAAUUCACUGGCAUGCACAGAAUUUGUGAGAGUGCUUUAGCUACAUGAUGCCUGUUGACUCUGCCUGUUACUGACAAUGUGUCAGGGCUCUCCAAAUAAAACAUUUGGUGGCAGCAAUCAGGGCCACAUUUCAGAUACUAUGUCUUAAACUGCAGAAGAUGUCUUUAGGUUACCCUGAGGCUGAGUGGCUGCAAUUGCUUUGGGCAAAAUAAUGAUCAGAAAUCUGUAGUGAAGGCAUAAUUCAUCCAAAAAUGAAAAUUCUUUUAUUCACUGUUUAAAAGAAGGCAGAAGUCAUUUAUUUAUCGUUCCAAGCCAAUGUGACUGACUUCAAAGCUGCUUUUCUCCAUAUAAUGACUGUGGAGAGUGACCAAAUUUAAUUCAUGCUUUUAUGUAAUGAAAUCAGUCUCAAGACACACAAAAACCAAUGGCAUAAAUGACGCAUCUUGAGGCACCAUGUUUGAAUCUGCAAAUGUGCAAAUUAAAUUUGAGAGCUUUGAAGAUUUUCAGUGCAUUGUGACAUAAAUUUCAGUCUGUUCCUUACACAAACCUAUUUUAUGCCGAAAAUGUCUCUUUCGUGUUUCACUGAAGAAAGAAUAUCAUACAGGUUUAUAAGGUGAGUAAAUAAUGACAGAAAUGGAAGUGGAGCGUAGUUCUAGCGGGAAGACCAGCAGGUGUACAUAAUCACAUCAUUAGCUGGAUAAUUCCUAGCCAAUCGCACGUAAGCCAUUGCUUUAAGUCCACUCACAAUCUAUCACAUUGCUGUUUCGGUGUGCUAACACUGCAACCUCCACCUCCCCACCAGCACCAGUUGAGCCCUGUCCCACAGGGGGGUAGGCUCCUCGCCACUGCCUCCUAUCUCCGGCAGGACAUGACGGUUCCGGGUACAACUCCCUCGGACUGCCGGACGGGGCCUACGCCAAAGAGAGCGACAUCACCUCCCGUUUUACAUCUAUCAAAUAAAUGGCAUCUCAAACUUCACUCAAGCCUGCGUGUCUUCCCGAUAGAAUCUACAUUUUAGGGUGAAUUAUACCUUUAAGGAUACAUAAUGUAGUACUUCAUUAGAAUGCUUCCAAGACAUCACAAGUCGAAACAUUCUGCUCGAUGAAUCUAAUUUCACGGACAAAACGUAAGAUUAAUUAUAGAUUUUGUUUUUCAAAUUGAUUCUUUUCUUUAAGAACUUCCUAAGCAGUGGUGUGCCAUAAUAAGUCUGACUCCUAGAGAUGAGGGCCUCAAUAUAUUUGCUCCUUAGAGAGCCUGACACAGCAGAACUGACCCAGAACAAAUCCAUACCCUAAUUUCAGCACUUGCCAGUCUGAAACCUUGAACCGUGCCUCUCUAUCUAAAAUGAAUUACUUAUGGGAACACAAAUUGUUGUUUGAAUUGAUAUAAGAAAUGUAAAUAUUUUAAGUUUUUUUGUGCAAACAGGUUUCAUGGGUGGGUGGGCUUAAUUUUUGCUGUUUUGCAGGGAAGUACUGACAGCUACACGUCUUUGACAAUAACGUCAACAUAAUACUUAAAACAAAAUAUAUAUUAAACAUGUACAGGUCAGCACUAUCCUCAUGCAUCAUUCGCUUGAUUAUUUUUCAUGGCAACCUCUCCUGCAAAUAAAGCACUUGUAGCACUUUUAUAAUAUAAAGAUUAUUGUAUCCACAAGUCAUUCAGUAUUCUGAUCAUAAAUAUGUAAUUGCAGACCAAACUAAUAUUUCAAUAUUAUUUGAAUAUUAAUAUUUGAUGAAAGUUGAAUGAAUAUGACUUUGGUGAUCAGUUUUCAUAAUCGUAAUCAUUUGUCGGAGUGAUGUGUGUGAUAAUGUGAUGAAGUAACAUAUGCGACAGAAUGAGAGAAAGAGACUAAAAUUUGAUAAACCAAUAGAAUCAUCUAUUAUGUUUGUUGUAAUUCUGACCUGAAUUGCAAACAAACCUAGCUAUUACCCGGUUCAACGGAAUGCCCACUUACAGUUUCUUAUUUCAUGUUCAUAUGUUUUUCAGCUAAUAUUUAAUUUCUAAAGGUAGCGUUUAGUUUGAAGUCUAUUUUGUUUUAUUGUACAUAGGAAUAUAUUUUUAUGCAAGAAAUUUGAUAGUGGCCUGUUUGUUCCUUUAAAUGCUUUAGUCUGAUGCAUCUCUUCUUCCAGCAUGGUAUAUAAGCAAACGUUGAUCAUGAAUUCCACAGUGUCAUUCAAAGUAGUGUCCAUAAGCUGUAUGCCAGGCUAAUUGUUUUUUUUUUUUUACAAUUAAACAUGUUCAUGGUCGUGCCUACACAACCAUCUCAAGGAUGUACAGAUCAUUGUGAUUUGCAGUGAAAUUGUGCAAGUUAACACAAAUAAAUGCUAGAGUGGUUAAUAUAUAUAUAUAUAUAUAUAUAUAUAUAUAUAAGCUUUUCAACAGUUGAAGAAUUUCCCUGGCAAGCCAGACACCCACAGGGGUCUGAUUAGGUAUAAUGUUCAAAUUAUUGAUCUUUAUUUUUCAUUUUUUACUCUCAAUUAUGUAGCAUCCUUUAAUUUUAAGGGACUUUGUCAUUAUUUAAAGAGGUUGCGUUCACCCAAAGAUUACAAUUCUAUCACCAUUUAAUCACUCUCAUGUCAUUCCAAACUGUAUGACUUUCUUACUUCCGUGGAACUCCAAAGGAGAAGUUUAGCAGACUGUCCAAGCUGCUCUUUUUCUUAUAUAAUAAUAUUCUGCUAUAAAUACCUAAUUUUGUGUUUCACUAAACAAGGCAUGUCGUACGGGUUUAGAACAACAUAACAUUUAGUAAAUUAUAACAGAAUUUUCAUUUUUGGAUAAACUAUUCCUUUAACCCUAAGCAGUAUUUGUAGGAGAAAACAGCUUGCACAAUUUCCUGUCAAUUACUGUUUGGAUCACAUCGCUUUGUUUAAAUUAGAAUGGAGGUUUAUAACAGUGACUUUUAAGUUAGCUAAGAGCAGAAAUCAGAUCUCCCUUGAGUUAUGAAAAGGGAAUAUAUUGUGUUAUGAGCCCAGAUGGAUAUGAAUGGAUUUGGAGGAAAUGUGGUACUCCGUAGCCAUAUAAGUACCAAAUACACUCAUAUGAGCCAUGAAUUAUUGCUUCUAAAAGAGUGGGCCAAAAGAUGUGGUGUUAGAUAUGACAGAAUAAUUAUUCAGAGUUCUCCCAAAACCUUCAUGCCCAGAUACUGGACCUUCAGGGUAAUCAUUGAAGUCAGAAUUUCAUAUGAAAUUGUUCCCUACCCUGAUGCCUCCAGCCUCCUUAGAACUAACAUGCAUAACCUCACAUACAAACUGUUCUAUAACACCUCAGAGCACUGAAGGCAGAAGUUCUAAGCAUGCAUGUGUUGUAAAUCACCCAACAAGUUGUAGAACUUUUGUAAAAUCAGUAUUUAUUUUGGUGGAUUUAAGAUUGAUAUAUUCAUGUAAGGCUUCUUGUUCAAGGAGCUACGUGUAUUACUUUUUCUGUUGCUAUGUGACAGCUCUAAAAAUGAUUA